ACCCUUCGUCUCCAUGUCUAUCAGCCUCGAAUGAGAAGAGUCCRGGGGGACCRUGUACUUGUYARUCAUCCUGUGAACGAGGAGCUUGAACGACARCUGUCCAAKCCAUUCUACUUCCGGCAAUACGGGCAUGGUUCAGUYCUUGAUGCUUUCUUYCCAAAAUAUGAUGWUCCUAAAGUCAUUGCUCUCAAGAAAGGUAUAGCUGGGGCAUUUCAAGUACAAUUGAAAUCCCUUGAAGAGAAAAGGCGUAGACAAUUUCAAGAACACGACGAUUCAGGCGUUUACUUUUCAAAGUACACAACUCUACACUCAAAUGAUACCCAUGCUACAAUCCAGAGAGAAUGGACCAACAAAGACUACCUACUGUUGCCCGAUGGUACACCUGUGAAAGGAGAACACAAAGUUCAAUCCCAGCAUAUUGGUACAGUACAUAUUGGACAUGGUCAAAUAUUCAAAGUCCACCGAGAGCAUAAUGGCAUUUUCGAGAAUCCAAAGGGUAAUCCAAGAGCAGAGAAUAGCCCUAAGUUCCAAGAGAGUGAACAAGAUAUUCAAGUACUCACUAGUGGAUACAGUAAGUUGAAUCUAAUAGGAUGUGAAGAUUAUCCAAACUCUCAUCAUCAUCGAUCUAGAAGGGAAACAGUGAUGGGAGACGUCCACGAGCAAGAAAUUCAAGGGCUUUUCCGUGAUAAUCUGGUGUUUAAAGACGCUCAUAGGAUCGAUUGGAAAAACGUCGGUGGUGAAAAGAUGACCUUCAAGCCGUUUUAUAACUUGAUGAGGUGCUUCACUGAUCCAACUGUUAAAGAAAGGCAGAUUGGAGAUUGUGUGAUGGAGAUUCACAAACUAGCCAAAUACGAUAGCAGUGUGUUUAAACAUAUUUGCCAUCUGGUUUUGGGGAGAACCCACCAGAACGUGACGUCCUGGUCUGUGCUGGUGAGUGUAUUAGCAGGUCAUGGCAGUCAACAUUCACAAGAUGUACUCGCCCGGGCCCUAAUGUCUGAAUAUCCACGAAAGCUGACACUAGACGAAUACGAGGCCCUUUUAGAAGGCAUUUUCUAUAUACCUAAAGGACCUCUUCACAGAAAACUGUUUGAUGCUCUUCUUCAGCAUGCAGAAAGAGACAGAAACCAUGGACACCAGUCGCCCAUGGCAAUGUUGGUUCUUUCAGGCUUAGUAAAACGGGCAGAGACUGCUGGAUAUAAUAACUCGCUAUCGGAUAUCGUUAUUCAAGUGAUUCAUAGCAGUUAUAAUAACAAAUCAAAUUUAUACCAUCCGGAAAGCGAAGAGCAUGAAACAUUCUUGAGAAACCAUCUAUGGGCCUUUGGUAAUCUUGGGCAUCUCUCUGGACUCAGCACUAUGCUUCAACAUGCAAACCACGAUAGUUCAGGAAUCAGGUCAGCUGUAGUGUCAGGCAUGCGUAAAUUACCAGAAGAACACGUGGACAAGUUUCUGUUAAAUACCCUUCUCAAGGAUGAGCGAAAUGACGUUAAAGCUGCUGUGAUGGAAGUUUAUAUUGAACGUCAUCAGGAUUUAAGUAAUGAAAUAGUUGAAGCUCUUGAACAUGCUUUUUGGCAUGCUGAAGAUAACGAUGUGCUUGAUGAGACGGUGCAGACGUUCCUGGAAAAUCAUCACAAACAUCCCAAAGUGAAGCAUAUUAGAAAAAGAAGACAUAUUUUAAGACGGCAAAAGCGUGCUUUGAUCCAAGAUCUUAAGCCACGAGAGAUUGAGCUUGGACCCAAUAGAAGGUGGCUAAAAGCAUUUGGUGGUAAAUAUCUGGGCGCAGAAUGCGCCCUUCAAUUCCGAAACCAAGUUAAGCUGAGAGUAGGAAUAUUUGGCGGGAAAUUCGAGGUGGACUUAAGCAAUUACGCGAAAAUAGAUGCCUAUAUCUUGAAAUACGGCUUUGACAUUGUCAAAGGUAAAGCAGCCUUCAAAGCCUCAGCAAGUUUCAAGAAUGACAUUCCCAAAGAUCUCAUCCACACAGUUGCCGAUGCAGGUGACUUUGUUUUUUCUAAAGUUGAUGGAAUUACCAACAUCAUCUUAGAGCACAUAGAAAAGUUCAAAGAAAAGCUCAAGACCCUCAUCCCACUGAAUGUACAGAGGUUAAUCGAUUUUGUAAAGAAGAUAACGAGGUUUGUCGAAAACCUCUUCAAACCAUUAAAGCCGAUUAAUGUCAUGAAGAAGAUACUCAGUCUGGCUAAAAAGGUCAGUGAACGCCUGAAAAACUGGGAGUGGUUCGUGAAGAACGUCAGAGGUAUUCAAAUAACUCUCAACAAACAGACGGUCGUCGACAACGUGUUUAAAAAUGUAAUGGGAGCACUUAACAAAACCAUGAGUAUCAUCAACAGCAUCAAACUCCGUCUACCGCAUAGCUUACUACCAAAUUUUAAAAUCGAGGAUCUCUUAAAAUGGCUGAAGUCUGUAUCAAUUGACCUUCACGACAUCAAAAUUAAAGAAUUUUUCAAGUCCCUUGGACUGAAUUUCGUUCCCAAAGGAUUUAAUCUACAGAUGCCUUUCAGAUUUUCAAUGCACUUUUCAUUCUCGAUGGAUAAGUUCAUUGAUAUGUGUAUGAAAAUUAUUGAAUUUGCUAAGAAAUUUCUAAAUUUGUCUUCACUUCUGGAUGCACUUGAAAAUAUCAGACUUCCACGUUUGAAUCUACCAAGACUCGAAGCAAAGUUUCCCCUUCAGCCGGUAAAAUGGUUCAACUUCGGACUAAGCUUCGAUUGGAAAAUCAACCUGAAGUUUGACCUUGACCUGAAAAACCCAAAAUUCCUGAAAUUUGUUAAUUUCCUUGGCAAUCUUAGUAACUUCUUUAAAAGAUUUAAGCUAUCGUCAUUUGAUCUGGAACAGUUUUUUUUGGCAGAUAUCAUGUCAAGUAAUACAUCGGAUCUGUCAAAACUCUUUCCGGAACUGUUUGGUAAAAACGGUAAUUUAACUACUGUUGGUCGAAGUCCAGCUGAUGUUUUACAAGACUUUUUUGACAAAGUUCUUAAAUUAAUUGAUUCAGGUAUGCCGAAUAUAACUGCCAUUAGCGAUGUAACAGACUUUUUCAAAGAGCUCGGCCCAGAAAUGAAGGGGUUUGUGAAAAAGAAUGCCGAGAAAAUUUGUAGCGUCUACAAAAUUGCUUCAAAUUCGUCUCGCGAUUUUAAAACAUUUUCAGAAAACAUCCAAAAAGAAGGAAUAGCAAUAUUAAAGACAGUCGACAACACAACUAAAAGUGCACUUAACGAACUCGUACAAUACACUAAGAUGGUUGAUAGACUAAUUGAUAACAUCGAGAAAAACUUCACUUUAGCAACUCGUGGUUUUGUGUCGAAGUCCCUAAAGGAGCUUUCUAAAAGCCUACAGGAAAUCAAGUCAUUUGCAGAUAAAGUUAUACAAUUUGCAAAUGGAACAUCAGCUAAAUUUAAUGGAGUUUGCAACAAAGCAGAAGUCUUUUCAGCAAAAAUAAUUGAUGAUGUCCAAAUUGUUUCAAGGCAAGCGUUGUCAGAGCUAACAAGUUUCAUCGGUCCUGUUUCUCAAAAAAUAAAAGGCAUUGGACGAGAUCUUAAACUAGCGGUGAACAAUAUAGAGGCGUGGUACAAAGAGAAUAUGGAAGUUCGAGCUGGAAAAAUAUCAAAAAUCGCUCGCUUUGUUGCUGAUUUCAUGUCCAUUUUAAACACAAACAAAGGAUUUCUUUGGAAAGUCCAUGAGAUUUCUGUUAAAGUUAAUAAUAUUCUCACACUGAUGAAGAACAUCCCCGCUUAUGCUCAGAAGGCUAGUGAAAGUACAGACGAUAUAAUUAAAUUUUCUGGAAGUGCACAAAAGUUCAAGGACGAUAUCGAGAAACUCGACAUAAAAAAAGAGUUUCGUGUGAGCUAUGAUCAGAAAGUUCAUGAAUAUUGUGUCAAGGUCAAGAAAAUGGCAGAUGAAGCGCUGAACAAAAUCGGUGGUCACGAUAUCGCUCAUGAAGUAAACGAGUUUUUCACCGAGGAAGCUGAAAAACUUAUCACAACAGCAGGAUCUAAGCUCCGCCGAAUAAAGCAACCAAUCGAAGAAAUCAGAACGGACUUGAAGGAAAUAUCUGUCAUGGUGAAUAACGUCAUCGAUGUAAUGAUAAAUCUAAAGCCAUUCAGCAAUAACUUUUCUCCGAUUUUGGCCACUAUUCACAAACUCCCGGAUUGUCAGCAAGCUGUCCAAAUUCUAAUUGAAAGUACAAAGCCUUGUGUCCAGAAAGCGAUGGUUGUUGGAAAGAAUACCAUUGAUAAAUACAAAGACAUGCGCAAAGAAGUGAAAAUCUUACACGACAUGAUCCCUGAGACGUGGAAAAGCCUGAAGAUUCAGAAAUGCAUAAAAGGAAGUGCUUGUAUUCCAAGGACAUUUAUUGAUCAAGCCAAAGUUAUCCAAGAAAAAGUCGAAAAGGUUACAAAAAGUUAUGAAGAGGCUGAAGGGUAUACUGAUAUGCUUGGUACCUGUCGAUCUGGUUUGGAUAACAUCACUGAAGUCAUAAGUACUGUCAAGUUGUUAAUUCAACAAACAACCGAUUUUAACUUUAAAAGUAACUCGGAAAAUAUUAAGUAUAUGCUGAUGAAUAUAACAGGGCAAACGUUUGCUCAACCUAGUGGAGAUCCGCAUGUUAGAUCAAAAAUAAGUAUUAAAGAUGAGAACGUUAAAAUCACACUCGUCAUGGAUUACGUUCAAAAAGCAGAGGUGACGAGGCAAAAGCUUGAAGAAACAUUGAAAAAUACGUUCAAAUCAAUGAAGUCCCUCUACGACAAUCCGAUCUUAGAUCACAUUAAAAAGAUAGAAGAUCUCAGUAAGAAAGUCAAUACGUCAUAUGAACUUUGGACGAAGACCAAAAAUGCCAACGCUAUCCUUCAAGGUCUGGGCAAUCUCUUCAAGGAAUCAUCGGACUACGCAACGAAAAUGACUGCAAUUACAAAUGGAUUUUCGAGUCCAGUUUUAAAACUACUCAUAGACACCGGAGAGCUUAGGGAUUUCAUAAAACCGUACAUGUCCAAAUACAUUGGUGAAGUUAAGAAAGCCACUGAUAAGAUCAACGGGCUUUUCAACAAAGUAACUGAAUUUCAAAACAAAAUCCAACUUCGUCAAAGGGGUCUCGACUUGUCUCAAUAUAAGGAGUGGAGCGAGUAUCCAUACUGCUCAGCUGAUGUUUGCCUGCGACCCAUUAGAAGGUCAUCAUCGCUGUAUUAUAAGACGAUCUUCACUUGGAAGUUUCCUCAUCUGGAUGACCUAUCAUCUAUGAAGGACAGUGGUCGGUGGCUCGCACCGGGGCUGUUUGACGAUUAUAAAGUCGAAGGCAUCACUCAACUCUCUAACUCGGAGAUUCUAUUGGGUCUGCACGGAGUAUCAUCGAGCAAAGGAAAAGCAUCGUUAUUGGUUGUAACAGAUCUUGGACGAAAUUCUGUAAAGAAAAUCAUCCAGUUAGGAAGUCCUCAGUCUCCCUUCACGGUCGCAAUUGGUGGGAUUACUAUUGCUAAAGAUAGCAUAUGGAUAAGCGAUGGGGAGUCUAACAAGGUCCAUCGUAUUAGUAAAGAAUCAGUUACUGGAAAAAUGGGAUCUGCUGCUCCCUCAUGGAUUCCAAUUGCUAAAUCUUACUCUGUUGAAGGCAUUGGAACGUCUGUUUCUUUUGAUGAACAGACGAAAAUGCUAUGGAUUACGGAUGGUAACGCAGGGAAAGGCUAUGGCUAUCACCUAACAGCGUUAGGGAAUUUAUUAUCAGCUGGACUAGCUCCAGACAAGGUUUUAGUCAUUGGUAAAGAUGCCCAGGGUAUGGCCAUAGUAAGGCAGUUCAGUACAGAGUAUGCAGUCGUCUCGCGAUGUGUGGCUCGGGCGGGGUAUCAAUGCAAGCUUGAAUUCCACGAUCUUACGGAUGGACAUGAACUGAGCGAGAAUUCGUUAUCUAGGGUAGUACGCACGCCGUUUGGUCUAGAAUCAGUAGACAAGGUGAGCAACGAUCGCUUGGUCAUCGCAUUCUCAAGUGGAACCUACAGCGAAAAGGAUAAGAUUGAGAGUAUUGGAGGUGACUUUGAAGACAGGUACUUCCGUAUGAAACUCCCUAUUCUUAAGAUGACGCUUGACAUUACAGAGAACUGCGUCAUGUUAAAGGUUAUGGGAGAGUGGAUUAUCUCUCCCCGAAGAUUAUUCCCUAUCGGUGAUUUGCGUUGUGGUGCAUUGCGCAAACGAAGUAUACAGAACGAGCUCCUGGAGUCCGAUGUCUACUCACAAGAGCUUGAAGAAGUUCACAGAAGAACAAAGAGAAACUCUGGAGAAGUAUCUUCAUGCAUGGCACCAUUCCGAAAAAAUUUGAUAAAAAGACAUCAAAAGUUUAUGCCUGACUUUGAGCAAUUCCUCCCUGUGUUCGGUAUACCAAUAAAGCUACACGCCGGUGCUGGAGGACAUUGGGUUUUGGACUAUCAUGGCACAGUAUGCGUGAAAGACAAGAAGUUUAAAAUGGGGAUUAUUCCAGGUGCUUGGAUAAGAGUUAAUUUUGGCGUUAGUAUAUCUCUCCUUAUUGUCGAAGCAGGAGUAACAUUCGAAGCGAUUCUGCUUGAGACAUAUUUCAUCCCAGAGUUAACAGUAAAGAUAGACAAGUGGCCUCUUAAAGCAUGCAUCGAACUCAAAAUGCAAAUGACUCCUUUAAAGAUUCGAGUGUAUUUGUGGUAUCGUCUCAGACUUUCCAUAACGCUUCGGACCGGAAUCAUUUGGGUUUUACCUAUAAUUAAAUGGUGCAGUAAGAAUACCUUUGCUGAGUGGUCGUGGUCUGCGAGGACAAUCGAACGCCAGCUUUUUAAAACUUGCAAAAAAGAUUUCGACAGAACACCACCAGUAGCUGGUACGUGCAGUGCGAGACAAGUCGGAGACAAAGCGUACUUUGUUCAGUGGCAUGGUUUCAAAGAAGACACACAUAUAAAUCAUUACUGGGUUAAGAUUGGAUCUAUAUUGGGAUCUGGUGAUGACUAUGGGGCAAACGUUGGCAUUGUACUUAGUGUCGUGGUCAGAGAUCUCCCGAUAAUGGACGGAAGAGAUGUCUUCGCAAGUGUAAGAGCCACAAACGAUGAAGGACUUGACAGUAGUUUGUCUCUUUGUCCUGUCUUUCGAGCUAAAAGAAUUGGACCACAAAUUCUCUUUUUGUACGAUGGAUCUCAGAUCGGUGUAGAUAAAGACUUCCAAUCUGACGAUUACGUCAUUGGUCUCAAUUUUGAGUGGAACAAUGCAGAAGAACAAUGGAACAAAAAGAAAAUAGUUGACGUCAAAUGGGGUAUCUCCAGCUCUUCGAAAUGCACUUUUAAUGAAAAAGAAUUAGACAUUUAUGGCUUGGCUCCUGUGGGAGAAACGAAGUCCAUCCAAACAUCAGGACUCAAACUAAAUCAUGGUUUUAAAUACUACACAAGAAUCAUUGCUACCAACUCUGCCGGUUUGAGGACCAUAGUGUGUAGUGAUGGAGUUACUAUAGACAAAACCCCUCCAAUCGCUGGACGUUUCUAUGACGGAGCAGGAGAAACAGAUGUUGAUUUUAUGCCUUCGACAAAACGAGUACGUGCAACAUUCGAGUCUUUUACGGAUGGAGAAAGCCCAUUGGUCAAAUAUGAGUGGAAAAUUGUGAAAUACAUCAGCGUUAAAUCCAUCGAUCUUACUCCAUUUGUUAACAUACUUCUUUCCCAAAGGACACCACUUAUGGAAAAUCUUGAUCUUCAGCUUGGGCAAAAAUAUAAUCUUGUUUUGCGCGGAACAAAUUCUGCCGGAUUGCAGACAACAAAAGAAUCCAAUGGAUUUUUUGCUGACAUCACCAGUCCAACUUGUAAGUCUGUGCUGGAUGUUGUUAGCAUUAACGAUAGCUUAGAUGUUGAUUUUGUGCGACAACUAAAAAGUAUACAAGCAAAGUGGAGCUGCAUGGAUCAAGAAAGUGGCAUUACAAAGCAAUUCAUUGCUGUUGGGACUUACCCGGGAGGCGAUGAUGUCAAACUGUUUGAAAACAUGCAAAACACUAGCAUAGUGCAGUUGGGGCACGCCAGCUUUGCAAAGGUUGUCAAUCUUGAAGUCAAGCCAAAAAUACGAUACCAUGUUACUAUCAAGGCCUACAACGGGGUCGGACUUCGUCGAACGGUAACUUCUGAUGGUAUUCUAAUAGACACAACUCCUCCGUCUGUGGCUUUGCAGUAUAUCAAAGACGGCUUCCAAGGAAAAGACGUAAACCAUACCAAAGAACGAUUUAGCUUCAGUGCUCAUUGGGAACAAGCCUUUGUCGAUGCAGAAAGUGAUAUGACUGAGUUUCUUAUAGGACUGGGUAGCGCUCCUGGAGCUACCGACGUCAAGGCACUGACAAAAAUUGGAAAGGCAACCAAGGCUACGUUAAGGGGACUGAUACUAGAUGCUGGUCGAAAGUAUUAUGUUACAGUGGUCGGUUGUAAUGGAGUGCAGAUGUGCAUCAAUGGAAGUAGUAACGGCGCCGUUGUUGAUUUUGUACCACCCCACACUGGCUUAGUGAUUACCGGCUAUACUGGACCACCUGUUGUCUUCCAGUGGAUUACUAAAUCCGUUUGGGCUCGAUGGAACUGGUGCUCCGAAGACAAGAAUAGAUCGACUGAAAUAAUUGAUCGUUCGAAGUGUGCAAAAAAUACGUUCUAUGAUGUGCACUCUGGUAUAACUAGUUUUGGGCUGUCAGUAGGCACAUUUUCCAGUGAGGAAUUUCUAUAUGCUUUUACUGAAGUCGGUAAAGUUCAAAUGAGCGGGAGAUCGAUUGAUUUGGAAGAUGGCGUUUAUACCGUUGCAGUAAGAGCAAAAGAUAAAGCUGGGAUGGCAGCAGAUGGCUUAUCCAACACUUUCAUUGUGGACAGCAGCCCUGUAAAGAUCAUCAACCUUCAACAUGGACACCAAGGUACGACAAUCAAGUAUACCAAAGACCAUGAGUACCGAUUUCAAGCGUAUUUUGAGUUGGAGGAUGAUUUGUCUCGGGUCUUCGGCUUUCAAGUCUACGUGGGCAGCUAUCCAGGAGCAGAUGAUGUGAGUGCUUCUAAAGAUAUCAAAGUUUUACGGCCACCAUACAAUCUUGCUAUGAACUGGACUGCGGAAAGAUUUACAAAACUUGAAAACAAUAGAAAAUACUUUAUUACAGUCCUUGCUUCAAAUGGAGCUGGUUUGGUUGGGAGUGGAUCUUCACAAGCACUCUUCUCAGACACAGAACCACCAAAGCAUGCCAUUGUACUUGAUGGCUGGGGAAUGGAAGACGUGAAAUAUCAAAGCUAUUCAUCAAUAUAUCGAGCACAUUGGUAUGGAAUGAGUGAUUUCUCUG